GAUGAUACCUACUUCGUCCUUUGUCACAUAUAUGUGACUUUACCUUCUCUCUUCCCAACACAAUGAUCAUGUACUCAUAGCCACGACUUUUCCGAGACCCUCCUCAGAUUCGUAUCGAGUCUGCUGGUCCCAAGCUGUCAUCAUGGAAACGUCCCGAAUCUUCAUCAGAGGGCUGCCGCCUACCAUCACGGACGCUGAGCUCCGAAAACAUUUCUCAGCUGGUAACCGAGAAGUAACAGAUGUCAAAGCGAUCCAACAGCGACGCAUUGGCUAUGUUGGAUUCAAGACGCCGGAAGAUGCAAAAAAGGCUGUCAAGUACUUCCACCGAUCGUUCAUUCGCAUGUCGCGAUUGUCCGUGGUGCUGGCAAAACCGAUUGGCGACCCUGCUCUUCAGAAAACCAUCAGCCAUCCUCAACAGCCGUCCAAGACAUACUCAAACGAGCGGAAGCCGUCCACUCAGCCGCCUCAAGAUGCUGCUACGGCUGAAUCGAAGAAGCGCAAGCGAGACGAAGUGGACGAGUCAGACCCCAAGCUGCAGGAAUAUCUUCAAGUUUUCCAGCACGGAAAGGGACUUGCAGAUGAGAUAGCGGAGACGUUGACUCCUGCAGCGGUCGCAGAAAAAAAGAAACUACUGGAGGAGGGCGAGAGCGACGAUGAGUACGAGCUCAUUCCAACGCGCCCGGAGAAGAAACAGAUGAGACAGGCGCCCCAUGAUCAACCUGAAAAACUCUCAAGAGAAGAUGAUUCGAUGGCGGUUGAUAAGGAACCUGAAGCAAACGGGGCGGGAACUGAACCUGAGACCGAGGUGCAACCCGACCCCGCGCCCGAAGCCAAUGUUGCCGCCACAGAUGAUGACUGGCUUCGAUCUCGGACGAACAGGCUACUGGAUCUCGUGGAUGAGGACGAAAUGCCACCACCUCUCCCGAAGAAUACCGAUGACCAAGUGGUUGAGCCUGAGGUGAAGGGUGAUCAGGUGGACCCCCAGAGCGAACUCCAGACGCAAGAACCCGAAGCGUCCAUUGCCGAUGUCCCGGGCGAUGUAGAGAAGGAUGGAGAAGAUGCUUCGAUCGCGACGAUCCGGAAAACAGCCCGGCUCUUUGCCAGGAACCUGCCCUAUACGGCGGCAGAGCCCGAUCUGCGCGAACACUUCGAGCAGUUCGGGGAGGUACAAGAGGUGCAUAUUCCGGUGACAAAAUCUGGGUCCAGCAAAGGGUUCGCGUUGAUCCUUUUUACCAGUGCCGAUUCUGCUGUCGCAGCAUUCCAGUCGUUGGACGGUCAGACCUUCCAAGGGCGAUUGCUCCACAUUCUACCAGCAGCUGGAAAGAGAGACAUCGGGGCAGACGAGUUUGAACUCUCUAAGCUGCCCCUUAAGAAACAGAACCUGAUCCGAAAGAAGGCCGAGGCCGCCUCGACCUUCAACUGGAAUUCGCUCUACAUGAGCCAAGAUGCCGUCAACGCGUCCGUGGCUAGCCGGCUAGGCGUGUCCAAGUCAGAGCUCUUGGACCCUACGGACGCCUCGGCGGCAGUGAAACAGGCUGUAGCCGAGUCCACCAUUAUUAACGAGACCAAGCGGUUCUUUGUGGCGAACGGGGUUGAUCUGAACGCCUUCAAGUCGCACAAGCGGGGUGACACAUGCAUUCUUGUCAAGAACUUUCCCCACGGCACUACCAUAGAGGAGCUCAGGAACAUGUUUGAGGAGCACGGCACUGUGCUGCAGGUGCUCAUGCCCCCGAGUGGGACCAUCGCCAUCGUGCAAUACGCACAACCCGCGCAGGGCAGGGCGGCGUUCAAAAAGUUGGCCUACAGGCGGAUCAAGGACUCUGUUCUCUUCUUGGAAAAAGGCCCGAUUGACUUGUUCAAGAAUGACCAUGUUCCUCAGGUGAACCAGCCAGAGGACAAGCAGCAGCAGCCCUCGGGGAUUCAGAAGUUGAGUGUCACGGAGCUCCUGGAGCGUGGCGGCGAUGACGAAGAGGAGGAAGCCGAGAGUCACUCCGUCUUCGUAGGCAAUCUCAAUUUCUCCACCCGGAGCGGCGGUCUUGUGGAGAAGUUUGGGGGGCUAGAAGGGUUCGUGUCGGCUCAGGUCAAGACAAAGACGGAUCCAAAGAGGCCGGGCCAGGUGCUCAGCAUGGGUUUCGGCUUUGUCGAGUUCCGGACAAAGGAACAAGCCCAGGCUGCCGUCAAAGCCAUGAACGGCUUUGUCCUCGAUGGCCACGCCCUAGCAGUGAAGGCAUCGCAUAGGGGACGUGAUGCGGCCGAGGAGAGGCGACGAGAGGAUGCCACCAAAAAGAAGGCUGGCCAACGGACCAAGAUCAUCAUCAAGAACUUGCCUUUUGAGGCCACCAAGAAGGACAUUCGGUCGUUGUUUGGCACGUAUGGCCAGCUUAGGGCGGUUCGCGUUCCAAAGAAAUUUGGCCAGACCUCGAGGGGUUUCGCCUUUGCAGAAUUUGUCACGCCACGCGAGGCGGAGAAUGCGCGCGCAGCCCUCGAGAACACACAUCUUUUGGGACGUCGGCUGGUGCUCGAGUUUGCCGAGGCCGAAGCCGUCGAUGCCGAGGAAGAGAUCGAGAAGAUGCAGAAGAAGGUCGGCGGCCAGGUCAACAAGGUCGCCUUUGCUCAGCUCACGGGAAGGACCAGGAAGAAGGUCAAUAUUGGGGACCAGGGAGACGAAUUCGAUGUUUGACAACGGAAAGGCAAGGCAAUUGGAUCAAUGUUCUGGAUAGGCGGCGUUGGUUAAAGGGCGCGUGUAAGUGAAAAAAAUGGAUGAUACCACAUUUACAUGGCUUAAGGCACAAUCGAAGAGAUGAUGAAAGGGAACAUUCUCUCUCCUGGCAUGUCAAAUCACCAUCACUUCAAUUAAUUGUUUUAUCGAGGGAAGAGAAUGAUCUAAUUCCUUUCUCUUUCUCUAUUGCCCAGAUAAGUCAAGUUCCUGGCCUUUGUGGCUAUCCCUUGUUAAGGAUGGCAUUUUCCCUCCUGGUUAUCUUGCUCCCAACAACCCUCUAUUUCUUUAUGAGGGGACUUCCAUUAUGCAUGAAUAGCUCAGUCUUUUUUUCCUUUCC